CCCUAAACAAGAUAACAAAUCAGUAUUGUAUCAGUAUUAUAAAAGCUGUGAAAGAGUCAAAAUUUUGCUUUUUUGAAGAGAAUAUCAAACAUUAUAUGUAUAAAAAAUCGAGACUCUACUAACGUGCAGAUAAAUGAAAAGCAACAUCUCGUUAUUGCUCGGCUUAUAUCGCUUGAACUUACAUUUAAGAUCAAUAUAAUGCAGAACGAACGAGAAAUUACGGAAGAACAAGAUUCUUCCGGCACUAAUACUGAAAGCUGUCCAAAAGAGAAACAGAUAGAAACUCUAUCUUCGUAUCAGAAGAGUUAUUGUCAACUUCGGUACGAGGCGAAUACAAUUGAUUAUGUCUGGAAACUUGAUCGCUGCUCAAAACUUUUGAAAUUUUUAAAACCAAUAUUGUCUAUGCCAUUCCCAGAAUCCACAUCUCAAUAUGUAAUCCAAAUAGAAGUAUCUAUCGCAUCCGAAUGGUCGUCAAGUUUAGUAAAAUUUUAUCUACUUACUAAAGUAUCAUUUAAUGGUACUUGUGAUGUGUUUAUAAUUGAUAAGUAUAGCAAGAUACAUGUUAAUUCGAUUUGUGGCGUUCUAUCAAAUAUGACAUUAUUAUAUGAAACUACAGUAAAAACAUUGUGUGAUGACCUGGAUAAAGACACGCUUACGAUGGGCUUUACGUUCGAGAUUUUGUAUCGAUAUUUAAUCGAUACUAUGCAUAUCGAGGCACUACCAUUAUCUAAACUGUCGCUGACAUACUCAAACUCACAAAAUUCAACUCUUGACGACAUUCCCGAUGGUACAAUCACAUUUGUAUUAAACGGAAAAUAUUAUGACGUAUCCAAAAAGUUAUUACACAAUACUAAAUGUGUUGAAUAUUUCUGUAGUACAUAUAAAGAAAACAUGACGAAUGAUUUAAUCACAAUAAAUGAUAAUGAUAUGCAAGAUGUUUUUCACAUCAUGUUAAUGUAUUUAAAAACCGGUUUAAUAUUGGGAGAAUUUGAUUAUUAUAAGAUUAAAAAAUUGUUAGAAGUGGCUCACAAAUGCGAUUUACAAAAUCUUAAAUUAAUAUGUGAAGAAUAUUUAAUACGCACAAUUACAAUCGAUUCUGUUAUUGAACUUGUGCAACUUGCGUUCUUAAAUAAUGCAAAAAAUUUAGAAAAACAUGCGGCAACCUUUAUUAAAUUCAAUAUACAAGAAAUUAUAAAUAUUAAAGAAUUUCUAUCUCUACCGCAAGAACAUUUAGAUAAAAUAAUUGAAUUAGUCGCGAAAAUUCAAACAUUGAAAUUCGAUACUGAAACACUGUUUGAGCCAUCUUAAUCAAUUGAAAUAUUUGUGAUGUAAGCAUAAUUAUUAUAGGUUUUUUGAAACAUCUGAAUCUAUAAUACAAUCAUAAUUAUAGUCUUUUUCAAAACAAAUAUAGACAAAUUUGUAAAAAAAAAAGUAAAUUUCAGUAAAAAAUUUAAAAAUUCUAUGUUAAGUAAAUAUUAUAUUUUUUCUGUAUUUACGUCUGUAUUUGGCAAUACUGUAUGUAAUACAAACAUUUCCAAUCCUUUUUUAGGUAAU